GUCUCUCGGCGCACAUUUUCCUUCCGCGGUUUUGUGAAACGCAAAUCUAACGAGCAACAUUGUCGGCGUUUAGAAAAGAAAGAUAAAAUGAGCAAAGCACACCCACCCGAGCUGAAGAAGUUCAUGGACAAGAAGCUUUCACUGAAGCUCAAUGGAGGAAGACAUGUGCAGGGCAUCCUGCGAGGGUUUGACCCCUUUAUGAACCUGGUGGUGGAUGACUCUCUGGAGAUAGGCCCUGGAGGACAACAGAACAGCAUCGGCAUGGUGGUCAUUAGAGGAAACAGCAUCAUCAUGUUGGAGGCCUUGGAGAGAGUAUGAGAGAAGAGGAGGCGGCUGCACGUGGAGAAGAGAAUGAUCCACACCUUUUUACAUUCUGUCAUUCUUUUUAGUUUGUUUGAAAGCGGCAAAGCAGUUGUGUGUCUUUGAAUUGUAAUAGGUCUUCAUUUGAUUUCCAUUGACAGGGAUGUUUGGACAUGUUUUGAAUCGUGUGAUCUUGUGAAUAAAUGAGUUUCUCUUUGUA